AUAAAUGAAUGAAUCCUUCAAAACGCGUAAAAAUGAAAUACUAAAUAAUAUUUAAUACAUAGAGGAAGUCCAAAAAUACUUGUGGAAAUUAAGAAGUGCGCCGUGUUGCGAGUUGCUGCCAGCAGCCGGAGAGGAGCUGCAGUGUAGCAACGAUAGUAUUUACUCGGCUCGCUAAAUGGAAAGGGCCAAAAGGUUCAGAGACACCUUCGAUUUGUAAUUCAAUUACGAGCCACACAGAGUCAAACACACAUACACUCACACUGAGCAAAUAGAAAGCCAAUAUUUUUGAAUAUGGUAUUCAUACGGGAUCCCUGUGGCAUUGCCUGCCUCAUUGUCACCUAUGGCGCAGUUGUCUAUGCGGAUUAUGUUGUCACGCGCUGGAUAAUACUGACAACAAUGCCACUCAGUAUUUGGGCGCCGUUUCAUGUUGUGCUCUUCAAUACGGUCGUCUUCCUGCUGGGCAUGUCGCAUCUGAAGGCGGUCUUCUCUGAUCCCGGCGUUGUGCCGCUGCCUGCAAAUCGUUUGGACUUCUCCGAUCUGCAUACCACGAACAAUGGCACCAAACACAAUCCUCCUGGCAAUGGUCAUGGCAGCGAGUGGACGGUAUGCACCCGUUGCGAGACAUACAGGCCGCCACGUGCCCAUCAUUGCCGGAUUUGCAAGCGUUGCAUCCGGCGCAUGGAUCAUCAUUGUCCGUGGAUUAAUAACUGUGUCGGCGAACGCAAUCAAAAGUAUUUUCUACAAUUUCUCGUCUAUGUGGGCAUACUUUCACUCUAUUCCGUCGCACUGAUACUCGGCUCUUGGGUUUGGCCCUGCACGGAAUGCAGUCAAAAUGUUAUCGACUCGCAGCUACGAAUGAUUCACUCGGUAAUCUUGCUACUGGAGUCGGCGCUCUUUGGACUGUUUGUCACGGCGAUAAUGGUGGAUCAGCUGCAUGCCAUAUUGUACGAUGAGACGGCCGUUGAGGCGAUACAGCAGAAGGGCGCCUAUCGCCCCAAUCGACGUAAAUAUCAACUGCUUGCAGAUGUCUUUGGACGCGGUCAUCCCGGUCUCUGGCUGUUGCCGUGCGCGACUCUAAAUCACGGCUCACGGUAUCACGAUACGCCGCUGCUCAGCCAUGAUGUUUAGGAAAGGCGUGUGAUAAUCAACCUUUUUGAUUUGUAUGUAUUAUGUUUGUAUUCUGUAUUGUAGGCGUGUGAGCUCCUUUUUUUGUUUAUGUUAUAUAACUCUGUGAAACGCCCACCCAGCUAUCCCUAGAACCCUUACCACGACUCGAAGUUGAAUCGCUUUGUUGUGGUGCGUAUGUAUGUGUGUGUAUGAUAUACAAAGAUUCCAAGGUUUUAAUUAACACAUUCAUUAAUAAUUAAUUAGUGCACCAGGCAAGACACGACACAUACUCAACAGAAACUCGAUAUUUUUUAAAAGAAACUGUAAUUUCAUCUACAUACGUAGAACCAGAUCUUUAGCUAUAUACAAUAUAUAUAUAUAUAUAUAAAUGUGUGCAAAGAAAAAAAAAACAAAAAUCAUUCAAGCAUUUAAGAGCAAAAAUAAUUCAUAUACCAAAAACAAAAAAAAACAAACAACAUAAACAUUAAAUGCCAGGCAAUAGUGUAUGCGGUAAUAGCUCAUAUUAUUUAUAAGACCUAUUUAGUUUGAUUGUGAACAAAGCAAAAUAUUGUUUUAACUAUUGUAAUUUUAUUGUUUAUUACAUUAUUGAAUAGUAAUUCGAUUUAUGCUGGAAUGAAACGUGCAAUUUUGUUUCCUAUCUGCAAUCAAAUGUUAUAUAAAAAAUAAAACUAGGCUGCUGCAAAACGAAUAUACAAUAUUUUGCUGCAUAGGUUCUUAAAUGUAUCAUAAUAAAUUAGUUCAUGCAAAUAGGUUAUUUAAAGAUUUAUAAUUUUUUUUAUACCAAUGCUUUAUAUUUUAUAUCACAAUGCAACAGACACCUUUUAAGAAAGUUAUAUCAAUUGUAAACAUUGAAGAAAAUAAACUUCAACAUUUUGUA